AUGGCCUUGGAGUUCGAGCAGGACCAUAGCCAGCGGCAGUUGGGUCUCGCCGUCAGCGUUGACGGCGACGCUAACGGCGGGGAAGACGGCGGCAAGGCGCCGAGGCUGCCGCGGUGGACGCGGCAGGAGAUUCUGGUGCUGAUAAGGGGGAAGAGGGCGGCGGAGAGCCGCGGCGGAGGAGGGAGGACGGCGAGGUCGGAGUUCGGGUCGUCGUCGGGUUCGGGUCAGGUGGAGCCGAAAUGGGCGGCGGUGUCGACGUACUGCAAGAAGCAUGGGGUGAACCGGGGGCCGGUGCAGUGCCGGAAGAGGUGGAGCAACCUGGCCGGAGACUUUAAGAAGAUCAGGGAGUGGGAGGCGCAGAGGAAAGACGAAACGGAGUCGUUUUGGGUGAUGAGGAAUGAUUUGAGGAGGGAGAGGAAGCUUCCCGGGUUUUUUGAUAAGGAAGUUUAUGAUAUUAUGGAGGCUGUUGCGGCGGGAGGGGCGGCGCCGGUUACGAUCGCGUUGGCGCCGCCGUUGAUGAACGACGAGGUGGAGAAGCUGUUUGACAGCAGGCAGGGGCCCACUGACGACGGGUUGUUUUCGGAUUACGAGCAGGAGGAGUCGGGUCGGAGCCCCGAUAAGGAAGUGACCCGGGGGAAAAGUCCGGGGAGUAACACCGGGAUUCCGGCGCCUUUGCCAAUAUCGGAGAAGCUGUUCAAACCAGUACAACUGUGCCCAGUACAAGGUACAGCAGGCCAAAAACAGCCACCUUCAAUUCCCGAGGUGGGUUCUACUUCUCAAGACCGGAAAAGGAAGCGCUUUGCAAUAGAUGGAGAGGAGGAAACAUUCAGUUUGCAGAAUCAGUUGAUUGAGGUCAUGGAAAGAAAUGGUAAAAUGCUGGCUGACUACUUUGAGGCUCAGAAUUCACAUUCACAACUGGAUAGGGAGCAGAGAAAAGAACAUUCUGAUAGCUUAAUUGCUGUUCUUAACAAGCUUGCAGAUGCUUUCAUGAGAAUCGCCGAUAAGUUGUAGAAAGGCAAUCAGAAACCAGUGUACAUAAGAGAAGUUCCUUCAAGACUAAUAGAUGUUAGCGGGGCUGGGAAUUGGUGGAUCAAAUUUGAUCAUUUAUCUUGUGGAAGGGCGUAGACAUGUUCUUCUACUUACUAUUUAUUUACUUGAAUUUUCUCCUGUCUACGUUUGUGGCGUAGUUUCACCAUCAAAAAUGCGUAGGAUCAAUACACAGAUGAUGUCUAGAAAUUUCAAAGGUUUAGCACAUUUCGGCUGCUUUUACUUGAUGUUUAGAAUUUCAAAGAUUUAGCGCAUUGUGAUGCUUUUCUUUCAUAUAUCCAGCUCUAAUGGAAUUUGAAUUUCCCUGCCAAAUGUCUUGGUGACUGUACAGGCCC